AUGGCCGUCCUAGACAGCUACCCAGGCUUGGAGGUCGAGAUUCUGGUCAACGGGACGCCUCUUCAGGAGUACGUCGACCCGGAUGAGGAGGCCGUCCCUGACCGGGUCCUGAAGUACAUCGAGGCGACUUCCAAUGCCACAUUCGAGAUCCGCUGCCGUUUCACCUCGGCCUUCGUCUGGAAGCACGAUUUAUCACUCGAUGUGUACACGGAUGGAAGGUUUGCCUGCGGCCGUAUUGUUUACAAGCUGCGGAACCCGUCUGAUUACACUACAACAUUUACCGGCGUCCGGGAAAGGAACCGGGGGAAAUGCUAUGUUCGGCCUUUCUUUUUCUCACAGCUCAACAUUGGUGAGAGCGAUGCCGGCAUGGCCAACCACGAUCUGCAAAACGCUAUCAAGUGUAUAGGGGCUAUUGGCAUCAGCGCGACGUGGGUCAAGGUGAAGGGUCGGCGACGUAAUGGGUCCGCAAAGACGAGUGCUGCUCUACUUGGAACUGUGUCAGAGAAAGCCUUAAAAGGCAGGGCGGUCUCUCAUCAGACAGGUCUAUUGGAGCGGAAGCCGACAGCAUCCUACAAAACUCGUUCGACGAAAGCGAUUGGGAAGGAGUUUGCAACCUUCAAUUUCAGGUGCAGGUCUAAAGAGGCACUUAAGGCCUUGCACAUCAUUCCACGCAGCCCGAGCCCGAUACUUCUCGAACUUAGAGACACCGACACCCUUACAUUCGAAGAGGCUAGGGAGCUUCUCCGGCGUCAACGGGAUCGUGAACGCACGGUUCGAGCAGUAAAGGAAGAAGGCAACCGGAAGGUCAAGAGAGAGCGGCCAGAUGGUAGCGAGGAUCUAGUUGGUGGUGACCAGGGCGAUGAGGUGUUGUUCGUAUCAGCGAAGCGCCGCCGAACUCACGCCGUCAUCUCCAAUGAUGACCAAAUCGACGUUAUCGAUCUGACCUGA